CCCCAUAGGUGGCGGUGAGGCGUAAACUCUGAAGUACAGCAAAGAGCAACAACACACAUCUCAAACCCUAUUUUCCCGCAGGCUAAAUAAUCUUUAAAAUUAUUCGACUUAGUCAACUUGGUGCUACGAAAGUCUCGAUCACAUAGACUGUGAUCGCUAACGAUGGCAAGUGACUCGCCACCUCCUUCCGGCCUUGUGGAGUUCCAACCGACUAUGCCCAAUUAUGUUUACAGCCCUCUCAGUAGUGCUGAAGCGGAAAUACGUCUCUUAGCCGUUGAAUUUAAUGCCAAACAUGUUCUCAGACGGAUUAACGCUCCACUGUUAGUCGGGUCGCUCAAAAAGUACAACCUCCCGGUCCCAACGCUUUCUCGUACACAGCGGAUGAUUCGAAGUGCCCGACUGCCUACAUUCUUUGCACUGUCAUACGUUUGGGGAGAUCCUACACGCACCCAUGAUAUAAUAAUUGACGAUAAAAGACUCCGCAUUACAGAAAACCUCUACACUGCGCUCCGAGAGCUACAGCCCUCCUCCCUUGGGUUCAUCUGGAUCUGGGCCGACGCGAUAUGUAUAAACCAAGAUGAUCUUGCUGAAAGAUCAGCCCAAGUACUACUGAUGCGAGAAAUAUACCACUCCGCCGCAGAUGUGAAGAUAUGGCUAGGGCCAAGCAAUGAGAACUGGAUGCGAUGCCUAAGAUUCAUUUCUAACCUUACUGAAGGCAGUUUUAUUAGCGAUGUGGAUUCUCUCCCAAAUGCUCCCACGAUGGACAAUAAUGUCGAAGAGAUGAUUAUGAAAGCUGUCAUGAUUCCGAGUGGAGCACUAGCUCGUGGGGUAAUUGGGUUUGGACAGUCUAUUAUCGAGGUUUUAGAUAUCCUGGACCCACCAGGUCUGGAUGAAAAGGCAGAAAUGGUUCAAGAAGAAGAUGGUGAACUUUCACUCCAUCAAGAGACGAUCGAGAAGUUUGUGAAAUGGAAGCCUCCGACUCGCUACCUGAAGAGAGUUGAGAACGAGAGUUUUGUUGAGGUUGCGGACUUGAUCGAUCGAGUCUUCAUUCAAAAUUGUACAUGGUUUGAAAGGAUGUGGGUGGUUCAAGAGCUGGGAGUAGCUGACAAUGCUACUAUUAUCGCAUCCGGUGGAAAGUCUGUCUCCUGGUCGAAUCUCAUCCGCUGCGUAUGCUACUUGCACUAUACUCUCCAUGCGCCUGUUAAAAGCAUUCGAAAUGUCAUAGGGAUGGAGAAGAUCCGGCAAGGUUGGAACGGUAGAAAACGCCAGCCUCUGCGUGAUUUAAUUCGCGAAUGCAGAUACAGACGGGCAACAGAUCCACGAGACAAGAUAUUUUCGUUGCUUGGGCUGAUGGGCGACAAGUUGAACGUAUACCUCAAGCCUGACUACUCCAAGUCUGUCAGAGAAGUUUACGCCAAUGCCGCUCUACAUUUCAUCGCUCAGUCGGAAUCGCUCGAUCCGCUAUGUAGUUGGCAAACCUUGGGUCGUCAAAAUGAGCUUCCUUCGUGGGUUCCUGACUACAGCCUCGACCAGAAUCUGGCUCCUUGCCCUUUGGUCGCCAUCGACGGAGGCAGCAGUAUCUACAAUUCCUCAGGUCAUCACCAUAGAUCUAAAUAUAGUAGGAUGGAUGUUGCCGUAACCCAUGAGUCAUGGAGUCACCUGCGGACUGUAGGUCUUUGUAUAGACUUGGUAGCAGUUCUCUCAGAUCCACUUCAGCAUAGUGAACCAUUUGGUUAUGCGGAACGCUUGUGGAAUUCUACCAUCAGAGCAGCCGAAGAAUACUUGGGAGGGUUAACGAACGAGGUCAAGGCGUGCUUGGAGGGCAUAUCUUCAGCAGUUGAAAAGUAUAGCGAGUACUGGACUUCACUUGGUGAUUCUUCCAAGGAUCUUGAUGCAACAGACCACUUGUCCAAAUACACUCAAUCCCUAGAUCGCGACUCGAAAGAGAGCAUCGUGACCGAUGGAAAAGCUCUCUAUCUCGAAAGUAUCGAGCCAAAUCUAUCACCUCAUGACAACUACAUUGUUGAUGCAUAUGCUCAAACCUUGCUAUGUGGUCGCAAAUCCGCUAGAGAACGCAUUAGCAAAGAAGAUAUCAGGAUUUUUAUGAACCUAGGCGAAGCUACUAACUCCAGGAGGGCGGAAAUACUGACAACAGCCUCUAAUGCUUUCGAAGCCGGGAUGAGACAGAGAAGUAUCGCAAUUACUAGAAACGGGUAUAUUGGUGCCGUUCCACAUAAUACCCACUCUGGUGAUUUUAUAUGUGUUCUCUUUGGUUGUACCGUGCCAGUCGUGGUGAGAAAACGAGGACAAGAGUACUUGUUUAUUGGGGAAUCUUAUUUGCAUGGGUUCAUGGAUGCCGAAGCUCUUGUGAUGGAGAUGAAGGGGGAGUUAAACGAGCAGGAUUUCGUUCUGACAUAGAACUAGUUUAUUUAGAUAGUUAUUUAAGCAAGUACGACACAUCUAUAGCCUAGUCUUACAGACGCAUUAGGUGGGAAUCACGGGGAAUGUACAGAGUCGAGCAGAGGCCAUUUUAGUUCAUUUUAGUAAAUAAUAAAC